CUAAAUUUAGAGUGCGCUAUCGUACCAUCGUACAUUUGAUCAUUGAAGCUGUGGUCGUUUUUUAAAAGCCGGAAUUUUUCGGGGCUACUUACCGAGGAAAUCGUGACGAGAAGGCAACGUGUGCGCACAGUGCGCAUGUUCGAUUCCAUGAUAAUCGACGAAGGUGUUACGAAAGUACGGGGCUUGCUUGCUUUACAUGAUGCGCGUCUAGCCACCUCUUCGGUCGGAUCAUGCGUAAUAAGGUACUUACCCUCUUCGUAGCCCCUAGAUCUACAUUCUGCUUGGUUGCGACGGUUAAGCCACGGACUUACCUGGCGGCGAGCUGCACUUUGUUUCAUGAACCCUGCUUCAAUAGCCAACAUUGGACGGAAGAGCGUUCCAGGAACGGAUGUGAGAGGCGUGAGUCAAAAUGUCCAUCUUUGCUCCAAAUAACAUCGCCUAGAUCAAUAUCAUGAGGUCAUCCUGACAUAUUAUCCUCGACCUUAAUUUUUCCCGUCGUGGACCCAUGUCUGUGUCAUACAGGAAGGUGACCGGUUCUAGAGUGGCUCCAUGGUGGCACUGACACUGCCCCAGUAGGACGAUGGGCCACCUUGGUUGGUGGGUGGCAACCCUCAACAAGCCAACGCCACCUCCCUUGGCAUAUAAAAGGGCCUUGAAACUUCAAGUGAAAUCAGCAAAC